CGGGGCUGGUGUCGGGGAGCGAGCGGCGUCGAUGCCAAUGCCGAUUGUCCGCAGCCGACAUGAAGAGCCCGCCAGUGUCCGCGCUCGCGCCCGCCGUCAACCCCGACAUCGACAGCGAGAGGAGAGCGUCGUCCUUCGACGUGGAGAAGCUGGUGAACUUUUGGGAUGGAGGAGCGGAGAGGACGCGCCUGAGGAGAGCCGUGGAACAUGUCAUUAACAGUGAUCCUGUUUUCAGUCGAGAGAAUCAAUAUUUCUUGACCCCAACUGAGAGCUAUGAAGCUGCUGUAAAAAAAUCCGUGCACCUAUGCCAGAAGAUUAAGGAAUUAGGCUGGACUGACGAUGGCCCCGAAGUCCAGUUUGCUUUUAGGAUUCUGGGAAGUGAGCUUGCGUUUGGAGUCCACAAUCUGGUUUUUAUACCAACUAUUAUGAAAUUGGGAACUGACGCACAGAUCGCUAAGUGGGUUCCACUUGCCAAGGAUUACCAUAUUAUUGGAACAUAUGCUCAGACAGAGCUAGGACAUGGUACAAAUCUGAGAGCUCUGGAAACAACGGCAACCUUUGACGCCUCCAGCCAGGACUUUGUACUGAACACACCCAAAGUGUCCUCAAUCAAGUGGUGGCCUGGUGACUUGGGGAGGUCGGCAAGCCAUGCGGUGGUCCUGGCUCAGCUCUACACCCAGGGAGUGUGCCACGGAAUGCAUGCCUUUAUAGUUCAGGUCCGCAGCCUGCUGGACCAUUCCGCUUUGCCAGGUAUCAGUGUGGGAGAUAUUGGUCCAAAAUUGGCCUUUGAACAGGUUGACAAUGGAUAUUUAAGGAUGCAAAAUGUUCACAUUCCCAAGGAUAACAUGCUGAGCAGAUACAGCAGGGUUGCUUCAGAUGGCAGCUAUAUUAAGCAAGGAUCUGACAGAAUCAAUUACAUCAGUAUGGUGUUUACCCGAGUGGGAAUAUUGUCCAGAGAAAUACUACCUGCUCUCGCUAAAGCCUGUGUUAUCGCUGUUCGAUAUUCUGCGGUGAGACGCCAGUCAGAAUUAAGCCUGGGUCGCCAAAACUUUGCAUUUCAUCUUAUGGGUUCGUCCUUGGAAGCAUUUUGUAAAAAAGUGAACUUGCAGAUCAAAACUGAGAGAAACAUCUCCUCUCUGCCUGAGCUCCAUGCCUUGUCGGCAGGGAUGAAAGCGUUGAUGUCAGCCACGUGUACCGCCGGUGUGGAGACGUGUCGCAGGGCCUGCGGAGGCCACGGCUACUCCAUGCUCAGCGGCUUACCAUCGCUGUACGGCCGGGUGGUCGCCUCUUGUACCUACGAAGGAGAAAACACCGUGAUGCUCCUGCAGACUGCUCGGUUUCUGAUGAAGUGCCUUGCUCGAGUGGAUUCUGGCCAGCCUUUGCCCCAGUCCGUCUCGUACCUGUCUGAACCCGUCUCACGCUAUUGUUCUGCAAAGGAGAAAACAGAUUUCUUCAAGCCGUUCUUGUACACAGAGGCUUACAAGCACAGGGCACAAAGGCUGAUUAAGGAUUCUGGGGACAAGUUGCAGUCUCUUCUUCAGUCUGGAUUUGAGCAGUAUGUUGCCUGGAAUGUUACUUCUGCACAGCUUGCAAAGACUGCAAUUGCUCACUGUCAAUAUAUAGUUGUGAAGAACUUUGUGGAAAUAAUAGAGGGAUUAAAGCUAGAAGCUGAGGUCCAGCAAGUGAUCAAGAGAUUGUGUGACCUUCAUGCACUGACAGGCAUUCUGUCCAAUGCUGGGGAUUUUCUAUACGAUGGCUAUAUAACAGGAAAACAACUCGACUUGGUGACCUCUUCUCAUCUGGAUCUACUCGCUCUUAUCCGGACAGAUGCUGUCUCGAUAGUGGAUGCAUUUGAUUACUCCGACCAACAACUGAAUUCUGCCAUUGGUAGUUAUGACGGCAAUUCUUACCAACACCUCUUUGAAUGGGCUCAGAAAAGCCCCUCAAACGCAAAGGUGAAUCUUGCGUAUGAGAAGUACCUGAAGCCUCGCUUUCAGGCAGCGCUGUCCAAACUGUAACUCGCUCUUCUCCAUCUCCACCCAUGUUCAUUUUACCAAGUUAAAGCUUUUAACAGCGUCGACGCCAGAUACAAGUUGGUCACAUUAAAUAUUAACAAAAUUAGUUUAUUUUCUCACUUUAUAAAGAGUUUAUUUGAAUAACUGAAAAUUAUUGUACUAUGUUUUUAAUAAAUUGCUCAAGAUUUUAAGUACAUUUUCUUAAAA